AAAAAAGAAAUUUAUUUUUUAAUUCAAUAGCUGAGCAGUAACUUCACGCGCUGAAAAAGGUGUAGUCAUGCGUUAGUUGUGGUGUUCCCUCCUCUAUGCGUUUCUUUAGGGAUGGAAAUUAAAUAAACAGCCAAUGAAACGCCCGCGUUUUCAGCAAACCACUCCAAUUUUUGGAAUUUCCAUUUGAGUCCUCAAAAGACCACCAAAUUUACCAAAUUACCAGGUUCAGGACUUCCUUAAUUCACUAUAAAUACCCUCAUUUGACACACACUUGAAAAGGGCCAUUUCAUUUAAAUAAUUAAAUAAAACACAUAAGAAUAUUUGAAACGGCCUUAUUAUUUUUUUUUAAGUUUCUUUUUGUUUUAAACUUCUGUCGGAAAUAUGACAACUCACGUCGAGCAGCCCCCGGUUGAGAAGCAAACCCCAUCCGAUUCCGAUUUUCCCGUGCCGCGAACAGAAUCACAAGGAGGAUUUGAAGCUCCGGAUAUUAAUGCUUUUGGUAACACAUUUCGGGAUUACAAUGCCGAGAGCGAGAGACAAAAGACGGUAGAGGAAUUCUACCGAAUGAACCACAUUAACCAAUCAUACGACUAUGUGAUGAAGAUGAGAGAGGAGUACGAAAAACUCGACAAAACCGAAAUGACCGUAUGGGAAUGUUGUGUGCUUCUGAAUGACGUCGUGGACGAAAGUGACCCCGAUUUGGAUGAACCGCAAAUCGAGCAUUUGCUCCAGACUGCCGAGGCUAUUCGAAAAGAUUACCCUAACGAAGAUUGGCUUCACUUGACUGCCCUCAUUCAUGAUCUUGGUAAAGUGCUUCAUCUUCCUACCUUUGGAAGUCUGCCUCAAUGGGCUGUUGUUGGUGACACAUUCCCUGUUGGCUGUGCUUUUGAUGAAUCCAUUGUUCAUCACAAGUAUUUCAAGGACAAUCCAGACAUUAACAACCCUGCUUACAACACCAAGAACGGAAUUUACGAAGAAGGAUGCGGCCUCGACAAAGUCGUCAUGUCAUGGGGGCACGACGACUACAUGUACAUGGUGGCUAGGAAAAAUGGAAGUACUCUACCUUCGCCUGCAUUGUUCAUCAUCCGUUUCCACUCAUUCUACCCUUUGCACAAGGCUGGAGCUUACACACACUUGAUGAAUGAUGAGGAUAGGGAAAACCUCAACUGGCUAAAGAUUUUCAACAAGUAUGAUUUGUACAGUAAGAGCAAAAUCCGAGUUGAUGUUGAGCAGCUGAAACCAUACUACCUCUCUCUCAUUGACAAGUACUUUCCAGCAAAGCUCAGAUGGUAAUUUAGAUGUAAAUAAUUAAUAAAUCACAUAAUGAAAUAUACUAUUACUCUUAUUUAUUAUAAUUAUUUUUUAUUUUUUUUUCCAGCACUGUAAUUCUUAGUUGUUUACACAUUUGUCCACUUUGUUUUAAAUUACAUACAUGUAAUUAAUCAGGUUGGGCCUCAAGUUUAUAAAUAUUUAUUUUUGAGGCCCACUUGAGUAUUUGUAUUUUUUAUUUGUCAAAUAUUAUAUAUUUUAUUUUAUCAAUGUAUGCAUUAUGUGUAUAUUCGUGAUGUUAAAUAAUAAAUAUACUUUAUUUAUGUGUAUUUAUGAGAUGUAACACCCAAAUUGUAUUAAUGAUAAACAGAUUGCUUUAAUUGAACUCAACUGCUAAUUAU